AUGGCAGAACCAAUGAACAAACGCGUCGUUGUGGUUGGUGGCUCGAUAGCUGGGCUCAUGCAUGCUGUGGCGCUCAAGUCUCAUGGCCACAGCGUUGUGGUUCUUGAGAUGCGAACGGAACAGCAGCUACAAGCCCGAGCUGCAGGCUUGAGCCUAUGGUCAAACGCACAAAAAGUGUUCACAACAUACCUACCUGAUGUUGAGCUCGACGAUAUCGUUUUCCGCAACCCCGCAUUUCCAAUCCUUGACAAGGAUGGUAAGGUCUUGGUUGAAGUGCCGUUCACGGAAGACGUGCGCACCUCGUGCUGGGCUGGUCUUCACGGUCUGCUGUGGAUGGCCUGCGAGAAAGACGUCGAGGGACAUGGGCCUGUCAGCAUGCGCUGUGGAUACCAGGUAUGCGGGCUGACUGAGCAAGCCGACCAUCUCGUGGUGUCAUACAAAGGCGAAGAUGGCGUAGAGGAACAGAUGACGGCUGACAUGGUCGUGGCGGCCGACGGCGCACGAUCCCGUCUUCGAAGCCUUGUCCUUCCUGAUGUGAAGACCGAUUACGUUGGCUAUGUGGCGUGGAGAUCACAAUUCCCGGAAAAGGAUGCGCCUGAGGAGCUACGUUGUGCCAUAGAGGGAAAGAUGCCUCUUUGCAUGCUGGACGGGAGCUACAUAGUGGUCUAUCUGUCGCCUAGCACGAUCGGAGACAUGCGUCCUGGUAACCGUGUCAUCGAAUGGUGUUGGUACGAUGCUUGCGACGCUUCGACACCAGUAUUCGCGGAUUACAUGACCGACGUUAAUGGUGUCCGACACAACGUCACCGUACCCGGAAACCUAUUGCGUCCAGAUGUUUGGGAGGCUCAGCUUAAGCGAAGGGACAGCGUGUUGUCUCCAAUGUGGAGGAAAAUCUUCAACGAGUCGAACCCGCCGCUUCUCACAGCCAUCAUGUCCGCAAGUAUUUUCGCUCAACUCAAGAAGGCUUGGGACCUGUCUUUCUUGGAGACGCGCUCCUACUCCGAGCUUGGGGCCAGAAUCGUUCUAUUUGCUCUCGCUCUGGGCUUCCUAAGCGCAGUCUACCUACUCCACUUUCAUCCACUAGCAUCCUUUCCGGGUCCAUACCAGGCGGCUCUAUCCAAUUGGUGGCAAUACAAGCUAAGCAAGACUGGCCAGCAAGAAGAGACACUUGAGCAACUGCACAAAGCAUAUGGUAGGUCUAACGACGAAUCACACGCCCAGGCACUGACAAUUCCAACAUGCACGCGAACACUCAGGAUUGGUCCAAAUGAGCUUCACAUUACUGAUCCCGCGCUCUACCGUACAAUCUACUCACAAAACUACGCCUUCCCCAAACAAAAGUACUUUUAUGAUGCUUUCGCCGCACACCACUCUGUGUUCGUCGAGGGCGACAAAGAGCUGCACCGUGUACGACGUAAGCUUCUCAGCAACUUCUUCUCGAAGACGCACAUAAGGUCGAUGGAGAAGACUUUGCUUUCCAAAGCCACCCUUUUAUGUGAUAGGAUAUCGGAGACUAGAGGAAACGGCGCGAUCAACUUUUACUAUGCUUUCAGGUGCCUGACGGUCGAUCUCAUCACGCAAAUGGCUUUCGGAGAGUCUUUCAACUUGCUCACUAAAUCCGACGACAAUACUUUCGACGCUCCCUUCCACAGGUGCUUUGAUCAAGCCGCCGAGUCACUGUGGACCAUGCUAUAUUUCCCUCCUCUCCGGACUAUCGCCUUCAAAUGCCCACCCAGUAUAGCCGCCAAACUCAGCACAUCAGCCGCAAAAUUCCAGGCUCUCAUCACCGCCACCGCGAACACCGUAGCCAAUUUCCGACGUCUGAAAACUUCCGGAAAGUCCUUCGACCAUGAACUCGUGUUCGAUUCUUUGGAACACCUGGACGAUGAACUUGUCUUGGCCGAAGCCAUCAGUACUUUGGUCGCAGGGUCCGACACCACGGCCUUCACACUCGCGACUGCUGUCCAGCAGAUGAGCGAAGAUCCUUCAAUCUUCGCAAAGCUAAGGGAAGAAUUGCGCGACAAUGGUAUCACGGCGAACCAAGAUCUCAGCCUCUUGAAACUAGAGCAGCUUCCAUAUCUGACUGCCUGCAUCAAAGAAUCGUUGCGCUAUGCUAUGCCCGUGCCAGGGCGACUCCCGCGUGUCGUACCGCUUGGAGCAAGGUCGCUCAUCGUCGACGACAAGAUCAUUCCACCUGGAACCGUAGUCGGCAUGUCUGCGUACAGCAUGCACUUUGACGAAAGCAUAUGGGGCGAAGAUGCCAGAAGCUUUGUCCCCGCUCGUUGGCUAACUAGAGACGCAAAAGAGUUGGAGAGAUAUCUCGUAUCCUUUUCCAAGGGUGCAAGGCAAUGUCUUGGGAUCAAUCUUGCAUAUGCGGAGAUUACCCUUACGCUCGCCAUGCUGGUCAACAGGUUUCGCUUCGAACCCGACGUUACCAUGACGGAAGCUGAUACCCGACGUCUGGACCACUUUACGUAUGAGUUUGAAGGUACUGGCGUUCGUGCUAUUGUCCAUGAGGAUUAG